AUGCUAUUAAAAUUUCUAGACCCUAAGACUCUAUGUAGAGUAUUUCGGGGUAAUGGUGGUAGUGGCAGUACUUUGAUAAAGUCAAGGAACCUUUUAUUCAAUUCAAAAGCACACUACUCGUCAUUAGAUCCGUUUGGUGAAGGGGCGCCAACACCAAGAUCUAGUCCUAUUAAUGACCCGUUUGUUCAACCAAGGCAAUCGGUGUUUGAACAAGGUCAAUCUCAGCCACCACCUUCACAACAACGCUUUUCACGAGAAAGCAACACUAGUAAUAAUAAUAGUGGUGUGCCUUUUCCUAGAGGAAACUCUAAUUUUCCACCACCAGGACAGGAUAUUUCAAAAUCAUCUUCGACACCAGAAAAUAUACCGAGACCUAUACCUAUAUAUACGAAUCGAUUUCUGGAUCGUGGUAAUAUGCAAAGACCUCCACAUCAACAAUAUGCUGAAGAAUCAUCAUCGCCGUCCGCCAACUUUCAAAAUAGUCCACAAAUAUAUGCGAGUUAUAGGGGAAAUAAUCCAAACCAGAUGUUAUCACCUACUAGUAAUAGCGGAUUCACCAGUAAUGGCGGAUUCACCAGUUCCUACAAUCCUCUCCGCUAUAAUAAAUGGACUCUAGAAGAAUACAAUCGAUUAACCGAAGCUGUAAAGAAAGAAGGUUCUGACUGGGACCUAAUAUCACAAAAUUAUUUCAAGGCUUCUAGAUCCCCCAAGGCUUGUAUGAUGGCAUGGGAUAGAGUUGUUCAAGGUAUAGCCCCAAUUUCUCCUGGACAACAACUCGGUAAUAAUAACUAUCCAGAUCCAGGGCAGCAAGUUAACAAUAUACCGCGAUAUACCAACAAUAUGCCGAAUUCUGGCCCAAUGACUACACCGAAAUAUCCAAAUCAAGUACGUACCUGGACUACUGAAGAAGUAGAUAAACUGCGUAGAAGCGUUGAGCAACAUGGUGAAAAUUUCGAAUUGAUUUCCUCAGAGGUUUUCCAUGGCACAAGGUCAGCAAAAGCAUGUCAGUUGAAGUACACCAAUAUAAAUGAACCGUUGGAUGUACGUCUCGGGGAAUUCCUCGACAAAGGAUUGCAUCAGAUAAACAAUGCACUCAGAAAACAACCCGAGAAAAUACACAUAACCAAAACUUGGACAAAGCAAGAGAACGAUAUACUUUUUGAAUCGGUAAAGGAGCUUGGUGAUGAUUGGACCAAGAUAUUAGAGCGAUUACCCGGACGAACAUUAGCAGCCGCAAAAAAUCGUUACGGUGAUAUAGUUUGGACAUCAGAAGAAAUCACCGCAUUCGAAGAAGCCUAUUCAAAAUACGGCCAAGAUUGGGCAAAGAUAGCUGAAGGUAUCCCCACAAAAACCUCUGGGCAAUGUUGGUCAUACUGGCGUCGAUCCACCGGCACAGAUUUAUUACCACGGAAAAAUGAAUCGAAGGAUCAAUCAGGCAUUCCAGCGAAUCCUUAUCGAGCGUACAUUUCAAUCCGUUUUCUCAAAGAUCCACCUAUAGAAAUGCAAUUCAUUCGACGUCAACAAUGGGAAACUUUUACCCAAGAAAUAGACACAAUCGUUUCUUCUAAGGUGGAGGAAGGGAAAUCUGAGGAAAAUACAUUAUAUAUCAUUAAAGGAAGUGUGGAAAAUCAAACAGAUGAUCGGACGGAAGAUGUCUUGAUAUUUAGCAACGGAGAAGAAAAGGAACAAAGGAAGGAAAAGGAUUUGGAUUUGAAAAGGGAGUAUAAUAAAGACUUGGAUCUUCAAGGCGGAGAGGACUUAGAGUUAAUUGAAGAACAUGAUAGGAACAAUGAUUUGGAAUUGAGAAUGGAAGAUCUAAAAGGGGGAUAUGAAGAUGUUCCUGAUUAUAAAGACAAAGACAAUGAAGAUCUGAGUGUGGAAGAUGAUACUAUUGCAAGAGAGGAAAAUCAAAAACUGGAAUGA